ACACCUUUGACAUAUAUUUCCAAGGAUCUAAAGAUUCUCCGAGCUCAAACGUGAUUUCCGUUAUUUUUCAAUAGACAUUAGCCCCUUUGGAAAACCGUAAAUUGUUAGCGCGCUGUAUGAAUUAUCUUCGCAUAUCUUUGCACUUUUCAUAUCUUGUGUUUCACAUAUCGGUCGCGCGUUUAAUGUCGAUAACGCAUUAUCUAAAUUAUCUCCGUCGUAUAAAGUAGCGAACGUCAGUACCGACGAUUGACGACUGAUCAAUAAUCCAGGAACAUAAUUACGAAAUAAAAAACUGCAGCGUAAACGUGCGCUAAUUGCUUGAAAAAUUGGCUCCGGGCUGUUCGGUUGUUCCGGUAUUCUCGUACCGGGCGUUUCACACGAGACCACGCGCGCAACACACACGAGAAGAGGCGUGAAAAUUUUUAAGAUGGCGUCUCCAUUAUUGGUUUACGCGGAACAACGCGAUCGGGUUAGCUGCUGCGCUUGAUUGAUGCGGUGAUACUGUCGCGUGUCAUUUGCGCUCCGGGAUAUCGUGAAUAUCGUUAAAACUGUGACACAUGGAGAGGAGGAUGUCGGAACAGGCGGCCUCGCAAACGCAAACGGAAACCGUUUCCGAAGCGGACGUCACUGAUUCCGGAUCGCAGGAUGUACCUACUGUACGAUUACGUCUACGAAAACCAAAAUCAAAUAAGAAGGUUCAAUGGACUCAGGGAACUGUUGAUAAUGAACAUUUGAAUAAGAAGAAAUCAAAAUGUUGUUGUAUUUAUGAGAAACCAAAAAAUUUCUUAGAAAGUAGUUCCGAGGACAGUGACGACGAAUGUGAACAUUGUCAUGGACAUAAAGAUGCUCACAAGAAAGUCUUACCUAAAGCUGGAGAUAAUACUCAAGCAGGGGUGCCAUCACAUCCUGAACCGAUUGCAACAGGUUCAACAUAAAUAUAUGCAUGCUUAUUGACAACUCUUCGUCCUAAAUGGGAAAUAAAUCUCUUUAUGCUAUUUCUUGCAUCUCAGUGUCAUACAGAAGAGAUAUGGUGAAUUGUAGAUAUGCAAACACUUUAAAUAUGAUUCUGCACUAGUACAUACAGCAUUUGUAUUGCGAUGCUUCAGCGAUGACGCACGGACCAAUACAAAAUGUCCAGUCUGUUAAUUAUAUAUAGAUCAUGACAUCAUGAACAUAGUAAAUUAUUGAAUAUAAAUAUAAUUAGAAAUAUCGUAAUUAAUAUCAUUUAAUUAUCGAUGUAAUUAAUGUCAUUAUCGAGUUCUCUGAGAAAUAAUUCAAUCGCCACAUUCCUUAAGUUUAUACUCGAAUCAACGUUAUUUUGUUCAUAUGUACCACUUGUUAAUUAAUAGAUACAAUAAUGUGUUAUAAGUAAAUAUAUAUUAUAAUGUUAACCUAUGAUCUUUAUUAACAUUAAUUAUAAUUACAAUAUUUAUUCAUACAUUUUAUAAUCACCGAACCAAGUUUUAAAUUAUUUUCAACUCAAAUGAAGAUUAGAAACAUAUCAAAUUUUAUUUAUUUUUUGUUAUUUUUAUUUAUGAAAUUAUUGUUUAUAUCAUUUUGUCAUGAAAUAUUGCAUUACAGUUUCAGAGAAAUGAAAUGUAGUAUUACCAACACACGACGUAGAAAGGCUAGAAAAUAGUGAACAUUCACAUUUAUUCAUUGUUUCCUUCAUUCAGCAUAAGUGUAAGCAAAAUUUACAAAUACUUCAAAUAUACGUAAAAAUGUAAUCGGAAAAGAAAUAAAAAAGAAUCCAGUAUUAGAUCUUACACGAAGAAGAGCAUAACUACACAAAGUCUAAUUCUUGCACACAUUCAUUGAGAAUUCCAAAUAUAGUUUUAUCAGAAGAAAAUUUCUGGAUUUGUUUUACGAUGCAGUUUAUACAAAUAUAAAUUUUAUAUUCGUAUUUAAUUUUAAGCUGAUCAUUUAAAAAUGAUUAUAUCGGUCCAUAUUCUGAAUUUAUUUUUAUCGAUAAAAGUGCCUUAAACCUGGCUUCUUAGCCAAUCACUUGGUUUCUAUGAUACUUUUAGAGAUACUUUUAUCGAUAAAAGUGAAAUUAGAAUGUGGAGAUGUCAUUUUCGAGCGAUUGAUGCAGCUUUAAGAUUUUUUGUCAAGUACUUCCUGAUCUCUUUCUUCACUGUAACAAUAGACACGACAACAGUAUAUUUCUUCGUGAUAUACACAUUUUCAACAACAUUUUUCAGCAAUUCUUUUUAAAUAAUGCUCUCCUAGAGUGAGAUUCUGUAGCACAUUACUAUGAAACGAAAGUUUGUAUGUGCACACACUUGCAUAAUCUCAGAUAAUCAAAAAUAUAUUCCGAUCAUUUGUGCCUUUACAAUAAUAGUACUCUGGACGAUUAUAUAUAUAUAUUGUACAAACAUAUAUGUAUAUAUAUGUAUACAUGUACAUACAUGUAUAUAUGUA